AACGUAUUCGUUGUGAAAUCGACGGAAAGUGUUGGCCAUUUGAGGCGCCUUGCAGUUCUUCAGAGUUUUUCGAACGUUAAGGAGGCUCUGAAUUUCGGUCUUUACUUACCACCCAAGGGGGGUAAAAAGGGUAAAUUUCUGGAAGAACAACGACCAAUUUUUGACUACCCCGUGCUUCUGCGAGAUUCCGGUCGGAGAUCACGUGAUAAUGAUAAUACUGCAUUUAAUUCCACGAACACUUUGACAGAUGGAAUUCAGGAGAGUCCUGACUCAGGAGUUGAACAGGAUCGUUGUUGGUUGGAAGUGACCCAAAAUCAUUUUAUGGAUAUGGUUCGAGAUCACGACGUCAAAGGUAUUGAAAAACUCCUCACCAAGGGUUUCGAUCCCAAUUUCUGCUCUCGCAAAGAUGGAGAGGCGCCAAUAACAGCAGCGGCAACAAUCUUUCACCCUCGUGAUGUGAUUAUCGCAUUGGUCAACGGAGGCGCUCACGUUGAUUUUCGGGCUCAGGAUUCCCAUACGGCACUCCAUCGGGCCGCAAUCUGCGGUAACUACGAAGCAAUUCAGGCCUGUAAAGCCAAUCAACCGCAACAUUUAGAAAAUCUGAUAGCCUAUGGAGCAGAUCUGAAUGCCCUAACAAAGCGAGGCCAAACGCCACUCCACCUAUGCGUUUGGCAUGAGUCUGAUGCUUGUCUGCGACAACUACUUCUUCGAGGAGCUGAUCCCAGGGUGGUAAAUGAAGACAAUCAGACCCCUCUUGAAUAUGCUCUCCUCACAAACCGCAAUGAACAGGCAUCUAUCCUCCAGGAUUUCGAUCCUGCUAAAGUGGUUGCCAUUAGGGAUCGGCCAAGCUACAACACGUCUCGACGGCCAAUAGUGAACGGCCCUCGAGGAGCCGUGGCCUACAGUUACCUUCACAAAUCUCCUCCCCGCUCUAAUGCAGGCAGUGCAAGUGAUUACAUGGCCUCUCUCUCGCCUUCUGAAAGCCUUUUUUCAGUUGAUCGACUGUCCACGCGCAAUAUCUGCUCUCCACUGACCACGAAUGCCACCGUGAACUCCAAUGGCGCCUCUGAUGACGCGUUUACCAAUUCAAAAUACACUCGCCUUUCGCAUACAAGAGAAGAUUACUCUGGAACCAUUUUAUCCCAAGCAUCCCACUAUUGA